GAUGACGCUGGGAGGCAGAGAACGAUCCGAAGAACGAUCGAUGAGGAAUCGACCGCUCCGUCGGCUGCAGGUUGUGCUCGUUGCAGUUGUCACCUUGUACAUAACGCGAGUAUAUAUUCCCGCUUGCGAUUGCACGCAGGCGCAAUCUGCACCUGGUCGGUCUGGUCUAGUCUCUCGCACGUAGGAGUAGGUGGUGGAAGCGGACGAGAAUAGACGAUGAAGAUAGAGACGCGGACGGACGGCAAAGGCGGCUCGUGAGAGUGCCGUCGCGCACGUUCACGUACGGACGCAGUGCGAUGCUGGCUGCGCGCACGUCGUGCACGAGGAGGAAGUGUCGUUGUCGCCUGAUCGUCCUCACCCCCGCCGAGUGAACCCUCGGGGCCAGCAUGUCAUCCUCGUCCAAUGACAUCCUCACCCUGGCCAGAGAGGAGGCGUUCAAGGACUUCUCCUAUUUUGACGAAGAGACCGUGCCCGUGGAUACCUGCAAGCCGAUCCCGUUGCAUCCACUUAAGCCGACCUCCGCCGUCAUCAUCACUGGAUACAUUCCUGAAAACGCAUCGAGGUUUUCGGUGAAUUUAACAUGCAAGACGCCCGGCAACAUCGCCCUGCAUUUCAACCCGCGGCUCGACAGGGGCUACAUUGUCAGGAACACAAAAGUGCGCGGCUCCUGGGACGACGAAGAGACCUGCUCGCCCGCUAGCCCGAGCGGAUGCAUCUUUCGCCGGAAUGCCUACGCGCACAUCACGAUCUUCUGUACGAACAAUGCGUUUCAGAUCGGGGUGAACGGAGAGCACUUCUGCGCCUUCUCGUACAGAAUGCCCCUCGAGGAGAUAACAGCCCUCGAAGUUAACGGGACCAUUGAGGAUGUCCGAACCCGUCAGCUGAAUAUAUUUGUGUAUCCUGAUCCUAGCAUCUGCAGACCGUGCCGAACGUUAGUCCUGACAGCCGAAGAGCCACUCGUGGACUUUCUAGACGUUCCCAUUACUGUGGACAUCGGUAGCGAGUUCCGCGUCGGUGCUCGUCUAUUUAUCACCGGAAGAUUGAAGCUACUUCCACACUCGUUCUACGUGAAUCUACAGAAAGGCAAGACCAUUUAUCCUCAUCCUGUAAUACCGCUGCAUUUAAAUCCGCGUUUUCUCUACGGGAAUACUGCGCCGUGCGUCAUCAUGAAUUGCUGGAUCAAUGGUGCAUGGGGACACGAGGAACGACAUCAAGGACACUUAUCCUGGAUGCCUGGUCGAGACUUCCUACUUACUAUUCGUUGCGAGUACGAGGGAUAUACGAUAUGGUUAGGCAACAAGAUGAUCGGUGAGUUUAAGCACAGGCUGCAGUCAUCAAUCACGGACACUUUGCGAAUUUCUGGCGACGUCGUGUUGUACCAACUCAGCAUGAGCUACGCUUGACGAGGGCCGAUCGAACAGCACGCGCAACACAGCGAUCAAAUGUAACUGCGAAUCGACGAUCGUCUAUCGAUAAACGUCAGUCUCGCGACGGAGCUUGAUGUUUAUACAUGGAGAAGAAAAGAAAUAUCGCAGUUCGUGUAACUGAAUAAGGACCAGAUGAGAAUUCGGUGACAAGGAAUGAUGUGUCUCAGUCUGCUUGUCUUUCGCUGCAUUCCCCGCACUACCUUGCACUAGUUCUCUUUUCUGCUCCAUUGUGCCUCAACAGUAUAUCUGUUUCUUUCUAUGCAACAAAGUUUCGAGAGCGUAUACUACCUCUUGGAAAGAGAACAAAAGAUGAUGUCUGUUAUCAUAACCGAACAAGAUCGUCUGAACAUUCAACCGUGCUUAAGACUCGGUUGAGACAACCGAAAGCAUUGACUGAUGGGGGAAACCUCGUAGAGGGAUCUUUCUGAGUUUCCCACUUUGGUCCCUGUUCUUGCCAGAUAACGGGAAAUCAAAUUCAGUUACACCAACGAUAUUGUUCUUUCCGCGCGAGACGGUUUCCCGAAGGAAAAAAAAAACACUUUCUCAAGCUGCCACGGUCACAGCAAAGUGGUCUGGAAGAUACACAGACGCUUCUAUCAAUAAUACAAUGCAUAAUUUCGACAAUAAAUAGAGAACACCGCUUGCCUUUCCCCCCGCUCUGUCUCCGCUUUUACGAUCAAUAGCUACUUUUACUGUACUUAUACAAACCACAUAACCAUUUAACGUAUAAGAGAAAAGGAGGAAGAGGAGGAGGAGAAGGAGGAUGAAUCGCUCUUUCAGCAUAAUAGAAAGUAUCAAUCUUGUGUUUUUCUUGCUUUUAACGCCAGCGUGAAUGGUGAAUACACGACCAGCUACUACAGUAGUGCUAAGCUUUUCUACGCGUAUAUUUGUCUUAUCUCUCUUGUCAUAUCCAAACGAUUUACCCAAGACUGUCAGACCGAUCUUGCGAUCGUGCGAGCUAUGUAAGAGCACGGCGUGUGUGUGUGUGUGUGUGUGUGUGUGUGUGUGUGUGUGAGUGUGAUCGGGCGAGCGACUUUGCGAAAUAUCGGGAGCGAGAUUCAAGAAGAGCGUGUGAAGAGUCACUUUUGAUACGACCUUUUUAUAUAUAGUAUUAUAUCAUAUCGUAUCGUGUGUAUAUGAUAGUAUAUCAUAAAUGUACUUUAAUCGUGUUUGUUUACGAAAGAUGUAUACAAAUGACCGCGAGCUAAAAUGUAUUCUCGACACGAUGCUGAGAUGAUUUCGCAUAAAGUACUUUUGUCGG